UCCCUCUUAACUCUGAAUUUCCAUAGCAACUGGACUCAGCCUAUUGGUGUCUGCUUUGCUGGAGGAAAUAUAAAGCACCUGCAUCAAGUAUUCUGAGAAGCAGGCUGGCUAAAGGGUAAGUGUCAUGUUGUCUUAAAACAUUCUUUUAGGAUUUGCUACCUAGAUAGGCCUGUGUUUCUGCCUUCAGGAAUAGUUUAAUCCAGCAGGAUUGCCAAGAGGUAACAGAGAAAAUGGCAGCUUGUUGCCCAGAGGGCUUUGGAUCAAUGGAGCACUACGGUGCCAGCUGCAUAAUGCCAACGUUGCAGCCAGGGCAAGGGAAGCAUGGCAGAUGUUUCUGAGAUGAACAAACUUUUCUCUAGAAGACAGAUAACAGCAUUAUAAAUACAGAUCCAUGUUUAGCUAGCUCACUGUUCCAGGUAGCACCUACUACAUUCACACUGUUAAAGAAAGCAGCGUGAGCUAUAACUGAAUUAAAUUUAUGCAGUUCUGUGAUCGCUGUUGCCUAAAGAAAGCAGGGAGGAGGGUGAAGUCCCAGGGAUGAGAUCCUCUCUGUUCCUCACACAGAGGCCCAUUUUCCCCAGCAGAGCCCUCUCCCUGUGUCCGUGCCAUUGCAGCCCUGCAGCUGUGUGAGCCGCACACAAGAGGGGCCCUUAUUCUUCUGCCUGCCAUUGAGCUUUGCCCCUUCGGGCACCAACACAACUGUGGGAAGUCUUUGUUGGUGAAAUUCUUACAGGGCCGUGUGAGCAGUGGGUGUGUUUCUGGGUCAGCCUGUCCCUGGUCAGCGCUGCCCUUGGGGCUGAGAGGAACAUUUGUGCUCGUUUCUGUCAGAAAGGAAGCAGAGCAGCGUGCCCUGCGGAUCUCCAGCCGGCCUCUGUGCCCUCAGGUAAGCUGGUGGCACCAGUGGACCGGCGCAGGACCGCUUUUUUCUGAACGCUGCAUCCCCAAGCCGGCUCGGCAGCCUGCUUACACGCCUUUUUUGGGUCACGCAAGGAUGGAAAGCCUGAACGUGACUGCAGGGAGGCCAUGCCCCGCGCCCUGAGGUGACAUGCUGCGGACCAGCAGCUCCCACCCGCACCCCUUCCCGCCGCACUCCCCUCAGCGCCGAGGGACAGGCUGGGGACCGCCCUGUCCCUGUGGGGCAGGCGGCCGCGGAUUGGCGGUGUUGACGUCACGUGACAGAUUUCCGCCUUCUCAUUGGUCACCGCCUCGAUCCGUUACCUCUGGGCUGAGAGGAGAGGGUGGAGAGAGGCGGAGGUGUCCGGCGUUGCCGCGGGAACGGCCGCUCCGGGCAUGGCGGCGGGGCCUGCCCUGCGAUCCGGGAGCCCGGGGAGUGGCAGGCGGCGCUGAAAGAAAGCGGCGAUGGCGUGGCAUGGGGAGCUCGGUGGAAGAGUGAGAGAGCCUUUCCCUUCCCGGGCACUGACACGCUUCAUGGUUUCCCGGUUACAACGCUCGUUCGCGUUCUAGGGUGAUGCUUGGAAACAGAGCCCUGGGAACAGCCGGCACAGCUGCUUGGGAUUGCGUUGAAAAUGCUGGGAGAGAAAAAACAGUCGGUGGUGAGGAGAGAGCUGUACACAGACCCCACGUUCCCUGCCAGUGACAGCUCCAUAUUUUUUGAUUCCUGCACCCCGCUUGCCCAGUUUAGGGGCGAGAUAUCGUGGUUGAGACCUCAGGACAUUUGCUCUACUCCUCGAUUAUUUUCAAACAAUCUGCAGGAUGUGCAGGUGAAACAAGGAAUCUUGGGAGACUGUUGGUUCCUGUGUGCCUGUGUAGCUUUGCAAAAGAGUAAAUACCUGCUGAAUAAGGUAUUCCCUCCAGAUCAACCCAGCUGGGCAGAUGAGUUGUAUCAAGGCCGUUUCACCUGCCACGUCUGGCAGUUUGGACACUGGGUGGAAGUAACCAUUGAUGAUCGUUUGCCUUGCCUUGGUGGUAAACUCUGCUUUUCCCAGUGUCAGACAGAAGAUUUGUUCUGGCUUCCACUAUUGGAAAAAGCUUAUGCAAAGGUGCAUGGGUCUUACGAACAGCUGUGGGCGGGACAGGUGGCAGAUGCUUUGGUGGAUCUGACUGGAGGCAUUGCUGAAAGAUGGGCCUUGAAAGAUCCUGCAAGAAACGUGGAGAAAGAAAAGUCUGGCAUGGUUUUGAAGAAAGAAGUGUUUAGGAGACUAAUGAUUUUGAAGGAACAGUGUGUGAUAAGCUGCUCAGUCCUCAAUUCCAGACAAGGUGCAAGUGAGCUAGGAGAAUUUCAUGCCUUUAUAGUGACGGACAUGUUGAAUCUUUCUGAAGUGUCAGGCAAGGAAAUCAUCCUACUACGAAUACGAAAUCCGUGGGGGAGGCGGUGCUGGAGAGGCCCCUGGUGUGAGGGUGGUGAAGGAUGGAGCCAGCUGGAUCCCGUGGUUGCCUCAGAACUCCUCUCACAGAUCCAAGAGGGAGAAUUCUGGGUUGAUGAAGAGGAAUUUUUCAGAGAAUUUGAUGAGAUUACUGUGGGCUUUCCAGUUAAUGAGGAAGGACAACUGCAGAGCCUCUAUACAGAGAAAGUGCUGUAUCACUCUCGAAAUCUUUUUGGAUCCUGGGUGAGAGGCCAGUCUGCAGGCGGCUGCCGUAACAACAGCAGCUUCCCCACCAACCCUAAGUUCUGGCUGAGAGUCUGUGAGAAGAGCGAGGUGUGCAUUGCUCUGCUGCAGAAACACAGAAAGUACAGUGCUGACUGGGCUGGAAGAAUUAAAAAUCUGACUCGCUUAGUGGAGGAAAAUCUGUCUUUGACUGAAGGCAUGCAGGGGAAGAAAUAUCAGGCUGUGGGACUGCACGUCUGGAAGGUGGAGAAGAAACGAUUUAACCUUCCAAAGACCCUCUCUGCUCCUCCAGUUGUAGGUACCGUCUGCCACUCCUAUGACAGAGAAGUGCACGUAUGCUGCGACCUUUCUCCUGGGUACUAUCUUGUUGUUCCCAGCACUUUCCUGAAAGAUGCAGUAGGGCAUUUCUUGCUUCGUGUGUUUUCUACAGGAAGAAUCUCUCUCAGUGAGAUAAAACCACCACCGACAGAUGCUGCUCUCACGGAAGAACUGCCAGUAGGUGAAUGGGAAACGGUGCAGCUGCAGGGAUGCUGGAAAAAUGGGCAAAGUGCUGGAGGCAGCAGGAACUUCCCCUCCUUCCAUAUCAAUCCCUGCUUUCCCCUCUCCAUUCCUGCAGGGCCAGGAAAAAGCAGUGUGAAAGUCACCCUCCGUCAGCACUGCCAAGACAGCAAGUGUCGGCCAAUAGGUUUUCAUGUUUUCCAGGUACCUGACAGCAGUUGGAAGCCAAAUACUUCCUCUUUUCUGCACUUGGAGCCACUGGUUAGCUGUGUACCUCACUGCUAUUCACAAGAAGUAAGCCGACUGUGCAGGCUUCCUGCUGGAAGCUACGUAAUUAUACCAUCCACGUACUUGCCCAACACAGAAGGCAGUUUUACAGUGAUCAUAGCAACCAAAAUAGACAGGAAACGCAUUCACAGCAGAGAGACACUUGGACAAGUAUUACAGGAAGUAAGUGGAACAAUUUUAAUUUACCCUAAUGGUGACGCAGAGGCGUAAUCCAAGUUUAUGUAUUGGCUAAUAUUUGAGAGUCAUACGUUAGUGGACUGGACUUUGAAUGUUCUCAUUUACUUGCUUCAAACCGAUAGUCAAGCAGUCAAUCUUCUAUUUGUUUCUCUACCAGCAAAGUAGCAGUAGUUAGCAACUAAGAACGAUUCUCUUUCCAUUCUGCUCAGAUAUGUGGAAGUUUAUGUCUGACUAUUUUAUAAAGCCAUUAUUUACUCCUUCAGGGCCUUCCCCAGUGUGUAUCUGUGCCAUAAUGUGUAUGGGAAACAGGACUGUCAGUGAGGAGUAACUGGUUGGAUUUGACCUUUGCAUUUGCUUUUGAAAGUGUAAACACUUGUAAUGCAUUUUGACGUAAUUUGAUUCUUUAUGUUCCCAGAGGUCUACUAGAUUUAAUUAAAUAUCGUAAUCUUCCUCCACCUGGUUGGCUUUGAUGCUAAUACCAAUAUCUUGGAUGCCCAAUUUAGAAAUUCUACUGAUAGCAUAUUAUUGAGAAAACACUGCCAAAAGGAGAAGGGGCAACCCAGAGUUUACCUUGCACCACAAUAGUUUAAUUUCUUAUUGAUUUCCUUGCAGCCUGCACAUCCCAUCAUAUGGUAUGUAGGUAUUAUUCUUGAAGGGGUGGAAGCGAGUGCUGAGUUCCCAGUGCAUACAGAAUUUUAACUGAGCGGAGAGGAGAACUUCGAAGGCGUUUUUUAAAACACUCUUUAAUUUAUCUGAUUUGUUUGGCGGAUCAAAGCAUGCUCUUGACGAUACUCUGCUUGUUACUUGGGAUCACAACCACGUAGAUACUCGCCUGUUUCUCUUAGAAACUGUGAUUAUAAAGAAAUCUUAGGAAAAACUCUUGGCUUGCUAGUUUUCUUGAUCUGGGUCAUGUUGACCAGUGAUUACAUUUGUCCUUAAAACCACACAAACAGUGUGGAGCAUCACUGCAGUGGGUAAAGAUCAGCAUGUACUUUCUUCUUGGCAAUUGCUAAGUUAAUAUUUAGGAGGUGAGGUAUGUGCUGAAGCUCUUUGUUACUGUUGUUUUGGGGAAGCAAGAUUACAAGGCCAUUACUACAGAGGGGAUAUGCUUCAAGAUGUGUUUCUUAGAUACUCCAGGAGAAUUAAAGGACUUAGGCAAAGAGUGCAGCCUGACAUCAAGGGAGCAAACAGUUUAGAUUCUUCAGGGCUUCAAGACUUGAAAAACAGGAGAUAAAUAGCAGCUGUAGUUUCCUUAGCAGUGGCAGAAGUUACUGUCUAAAUCCAAGAACCUGCAAGAGGUUCUUCUAAAGCCUGGGUUUCCAGUCAGUGUUUUCAGAACUGUAACCUCUGAUGGAUGCAGGCAGUCUGCCUUACUGAGAACUUGGGCUUCUGAUUUCUGUGGUGCAUCAGAACAGAGCUGAAUGUCUCUGGUGUAUUUUUUCUUUGUGUGAUUUCUAAUUACUGACGUUACAAGUUCUUAGUUUAUUAAGAUGUUUCAUGGGCAAAACUAGCUCUUGGUCCUGGUUUUUAAAUCUUUAUUGUGUGUUUUAUGUCGAUUCCUUGUGAAUUUCUUUUUCUCACUUAAUAACUCUUUUUCUUUUCUGCCCCAAUCAUUUUCUUGUAGGUUUCAUUUACAACUGUGAUGAAAAAAUGACCUGGAACUCUCAUGCUGUCACUUUGAGAAGCACUGGAAAGCCGAGGAGUGCUUCACUUCUUGCUGGUUUUGCUUUUAAAUGGGAUAAAGAGAAGAAAUCUAUAGCCCAGUU